GUCUCAUCCUGGCGUACCGCCAUAUCACUGAGCCAGAUUCCUGAUGGAACCGUUCCAUAUCUGGCCCGUCGAGGCCGCUGAUUGGCCCGCGCCAGGACGAUGACGCUGAUAGUGCCUUCCGAUUUACUGUAUAUCCCAGACGAGUUUUUGUUUAUAUCCCAUCGUGUGUCCGGCUGCAGUGUGUUACUUGUCUUCCCCAUCGCUUUCUCUGUGUCCAACGCUGGUGGUUCCCUUGCCCUCCACUGCAAUAUACCUAUCGGUACCCCCUACAACCUCUACAUAUCGUCGUCUGUGUCUCAGUCGCUUCUGAUCCCCAUUCCGACUUCAUCUUUCUUCGUCCUUCAGGCCCGAGAUGCCUCGAAUUCGAGAAUGGAUCGAGAAGCUCGAGGUCCCAACAGAACCCGGGUUGACCACCACCCAGUUGAUGUUGACGAACCGUGACUUGCGGCCAGUUGAAUACGAGCGUCGUCAAUGGAGAUGGUUCAACUUUGUUGCCUUCUGGAUCGCAGACUCGUUGAAUAUUAACACAUGGAUGAUCUCAUCCUCGAUGAUUGUCGAUGGUCUGUCCUGGUGGCAGGCAUGGAUCUGCGUCUGGGUUGGAUAUUUCAUUGCCGCUUGCUUUGUCUGCCUGACCGGUCGCAUCGGUGCCGUCUAUCACAUUUCGUUCCCGGUCGCAUGCCGAUCUACCUUUGGCAUAUGGGGUUCGUUCUGGCCCGUCUUCAACCGGGCGGCCAUGGCAGUUGUCUGGUAUGGCGUUCAGGGUUAUAUUGGAGGCGAGUGUGUGACCUUGAUGAUCCAAUCCAUAUGGCCAAGUUAUAAGAACCUGCCCAACCAUAUUCCUGCAAGCUCCGGAGUCACCAGCAAGGACUUUCUGAGCUUCUUCCUUUUCUGGCUCUUCUCGCUGCCUGCCCUCUGGUUCCCGGUCCACAAGAUCAGGCAUCUCUUUACCGUCAAAGCGAUCUACUCCCCCAUCGCUGCCAUCGCCUUCUUUGCCUGGGCCAUUUCCCGUGCCAAUGGAAUCGGCCCGAUCGUCCAUCAACCCGCCACCGUACAUGGAAGCGCCCUGGCUUGGGCUGUCAUCAAGUCCAUCAUGAGCUGUCUCGGCAACUUUGCGACCCUGAUUGUGAAUGACCCCGACUUUUCGAGGUUCUCCCGAACGCCCAAGGAAGCGCUAUGGUCGCAGCUGCUCACGAUCCCCAUCGGGUUCGGCAUCACGUCCUUCAUCGGCAUCAUUGUUUCGUCAUCGUCAGCAGUCAUCUUCGGCGGUGACUUUGUGUGGAACCCAUUGACUCUUUUGGGGCAGUUUUUGGACGGGGCCAGCUCGGCCGAGCGUUUCGGAAUCUUCAUUAUCUCGACUGGCUUUGCUCUGGCCCAGUUGGGCACGAACAUCUCCGCCAACUCGGUCUCUGCGGGUACCGAUAUGACGGCCUUGUUGCCUCGGUACCUCACCAUCCGACGGGGUAGUUAUAUCUGCGCCGCGGUUGGUCUCUGCAUGUGUCCGUGGAAACUUUCAUCCUCAUCCAAUCAGUUUACCACCUAUCUUUCGGCCUAUUCCAUCUUCCUCUCGUCGAUCGCUGGGCCCAUGGUUUCGGACUAUUACCUCGUCCGGAAAGGCUACCUACGCGUGAAGGAUCUGUACAGUGCCCGGAGUGACUCGGCGUACCGCUACAUGUUUGGCUUCUCCUGGCACGCAUACGCUUCGUACCUCUCAGGCAUUAUCAUCAACAUUGUCGGGUUUGCCGGCGCCGUUGGACGAAGCGUGCCGGUGGGAGCCCAGUACAUCUACAACAUCAACUACUUCUCCGGGUUCCUCGUCUCAUUCGUGAUGUAUUGGGCGCUGACGAAGCUGUUUCCCAUCCCUGCCACCAGCAACAAGUGGCACGAGGUCGACCCCGAUGUCAACGAAGACCGCCUGUCCAUUGCGGAUGGUCAGGAGGUGUGUCCGGAAGAUGAUCACCCGACAGGCAAGCCGCUAGACCUUGAAGCUCCUGUUGACCAGAAGCAUCCCAAGUCCACGGAAUCGUCGGUGGUAUGAACGAGGCAUGACUUUCCUUCUUUGUUGAUAUUGUAUUCUAAUGACUGAACGUUUACUUGCCUACGGCUAAAUAUUAAUACCGUCCUAUGAACGAGGCAUGACUUUUAUUCUUUGUUGAUAUUGUAUUCUAAUGGCUGAACGUUUACUUGUC